GAUCAUUCGAGUCACCAUACUCUAGAGAUCCAAGGCAAUCAGUCGCACAAUUCGAGAAUCAUCACGAGAUGUACAAGACAACUCAGUAUUAAGGAGCAAUAAGAGGCUAUCACAAGAUGGGGCAUGGGAUGGGGGAUGGGUGGAGGAAUGGAUGAGCUUUAAGCUGUAGGAAAGGGGGGUUGGAGGGGGAGGAGGGGUUUACCAAUAGCAUAAAAUGCUUACACUCGAGUAUAUAACUCUAAACCACAAAUUCCAACAACCAUUGCAGCGAUAGACUGCAUCGUCUGGCAAGAGAACAUCCACUCUUAUGCCAUCAAAUAUAUCACAUUAACCCCCUCAUUUAUAUAAGUAACUUGUUGACUCUAUGUUCGUUAUGAUUAAGUCCGAAUAAUCAGUAAUGUGGUGAUAUGUCCUAACCGUCGCAUAAUCAUACUCUCGCCACUUUAUCCUAAUCCGGAACGGAAGCGUCGCAACCCCUCCGUUUCGAGCGCAAUCCCACUCUGCCUAAUAUGUUCUUGGCGACGUGACAACCCGUGAAGUCUUAUUCAUUUUGUCCAUUAAAUGCCAAUUCUCAAAUCAUUUUCUUGCCGUCCUACCUAUAACAUGUAGCCAGCUUCACAACCCAACCGCUCUCCAGCGCAGCGCUAUUAUCUCACCAUGAGUCACAGCAAACAAGAACACAAUGUUAAAGAGGAGGAAAAAGCAUUCCUUGAGCAGAUACCCCUCCACGAUGACGCCGCGUGGCCGCGAGAAAGGCGCGCCAGUAAGACAACACAGUACCUACGACUAGCCCUCGAGAUCGUAAUGGCAGUCGCCAUAGUCGUCCUGCUAGCCAACCUCCUCCGCUCCCGGGUCGAAGAAGAACGCCGCACCCCAGUACCAAAAUUCCCGCGCAAAACAUACACCUUCCUCCCAAACCCAACCUACAUCGAGCAAAACAUGCUCUUCUCCGAGCACGCAACGCUGCAAACCCUACAUAACUGGAUCCCCCUAAGCGCCGACGCGCGCGGCUACAUCCACGUGCCGGACCACGCAUCCUACCCCACGCUACCGCCACCUUUUACCAUCGGCGUGAACCGCACGACGGACGGGCCCGCCUACAUGAUGUCCGCCUUCCACCAGCUGCACUGCCUAUCCUACGUGAUCGCGCACUUCCAAGCCGGGUACGCGGGGACCCCGCUAGAAGAAGAGGUCGCGCACCAUUCGGCGCAUUGCUUCGAUUACCUGCGCCAGUGUAUCAUGUGCGCCGCCGACACGAACCUCGAGGGCGAGACCGAGGCCGGGCCCGGCUGGGGCUCGCCGCACGAGUGCGUCGAUUACGAUGCCGUCCUGGCCUGGGCGAACGAGCACGGCACCGAGAGGUGGAGGAAUGGGCUUUUGCCGGGGGAGUCGAUAUUGUGAUGGGUUCGGAGCGGGUAACAAGACGAAAUGGGACGGUUGCAGGCUUUUCUACUAGCUGACUAGGUGUUUUAUCCAUGUGUAUUGAAUAUGCCAUCAUCCGUGGACAUCAUUUUCCAGCGACGCCUCAAAGAAAGGGCAUGCAGGUAUUCGUACAAAACAUGAUCCCCUCAGGACUGGCGCAUGCCCCACGGCAACAUUUACUCACGCAUGUUACCUAGAGUCUCGCCCCGGGGUCAAGG